AAAAGUGAAUUAAUAAAUCUAAGAGAAAAAAAUAUUUGACAAAAAUGGGGAACGCCUUAAAUCGAAAACAGCCGCCGCCUGCAGCACAUGUAGUCGACCCACAAUAUAGGGCCCAUUAUUUAAGAGACAGACGAAAACAAGUCGAUUAUGUAGAAGAUUAUCCAAAAGAUCUCAAACAUCCGUACGGUGUGGCAAAAGGCAGACAGUUUGAAAAGGUCUACAAAUGGGAUAAAGUAAAGAAACAGUUUAGACCCAGAAAGCAUCCGAUUGGCAAAGUCAGCAAUAUGCCUGUCCAGGGACCGGCCAAUUGGGAUCAAUUGUGGCUAACACCGUGGGAAGCAAAAAAAGAUGACUAUUCUGAUGCACCUGAAGUUCGUCCGCCACGAGCGGAACAUGUAGUCGAUCCUGAAUAUAGGUCUCAUUUGGCAGAUGUCCGAAAAGAUGAUGGUAUCGAUUACACAGACAACUUUCCCCGGUUUCUCGAUCCGUACGGUGUGGGUAAAGGCUAUGAGUUCAAUGAUUUAUAUGAUUUUGAUGCCCGAGCCGGUAGAUACAAGCAAAAACAAGCGGUUACGGCUCAACAUAGAGAUUUGCCGAUACAGGGACCGGCCAAUUGGGAUCAGCUCUGGCCUACGUAUGACGAUGUAGGCACAGACUAUGAAGAACCAAUACCUAGGAAUAGACCAUUGCCUGAUUUUGCGCUCAAUUAUCUAAAAGAAAGGGAAGGUAAUAUCAAAUUUCACAAACAACUCGGUAAAGGUAUGUAUGGAACUGUUUGGAAGGUUAGUCAAUGCAAAUGGGUAGUUAAUUACAACCGGUAUAUCAGGUAUAGGUAUGCAUGCAAAGUUUUAGUGUUACGUGGUUUCGGUAAUUUACACUACGAUUACAAUAUAUUGUUGGUCGACAUACAUCAGCUCCGGUAUCUACAUCAUCCGUAUAUUACCCGACUGGACGAUUGUAUUGGUAUUCCCGAUCGGAAAACCGGGUUUCCCUAUGCCUUCUGUCUGGUACUGAUGGAGUUGUGCGACGAAGAUCUCGAACACAUUAUUGACAGUCAGGUCGACCAACGCAUCGGCGAACAACAUUGCAAACGAGUUGUCCAGUGUGUGGCCAGUGCUCUACAGUAUUUGCAUAGUAUGCGGGUAGUACACCAGGACAUCAAACCGGCCAACAUUAUGUAUCAUCGGGCCACUAAUGCCUACAAACUGGGCGAUUUUGGUUUAGCCGAAUGUUUUCCUAAAGACCGGGCAAUGAUGCACAGCAACUACUAUGUAGGAACUGCCGAAUACAUGGCACCCGAAGUUGGCAACGCUAAUGUUUCGUGUCAGCCGACCGAUGUCUACUCCCUGGGUGCAACUAUGGUUCACUGUCUACUAUCCCAUGACAUACUGGAGCAAAAUGAAUUUCGUUUACACAUUCCUCAGCUCAGACAACCCGAUUGUCAGUUACCUAAUCCGCCACAACUGAGCGAUGAUGUGUGUCGACUGAUUAUGGCUAUGACUGAGGAGAAUCCUAGAAACAGGCCUAAUAUCAAUCAGGUAGUCAAUGAUCACUGGCUUCAGUAAUCUGUGUAGUAGUAGUAGUAGUAGUAGU